AUGCCGUCGGGCCCCUGCGGAGGGAGACGGCCAGCCUGGAGCAGUGCCAUGCCGUGCCGACACAGCUGGGCACUGGUGAGGGCGGGACCGAUGAGGAGGACGAGCUCUUUGUUGAGGACCGUGGAGUGGACGUUCUGGACGUUUCUGACUCCGAAUUCGAGGGGGAUUCCUGUGGGGCUCAAAGCGCUGGUCGUGCGCGGGGCUGGGCCUGGCGCAGGCUCGGCGGAAGCCACUGCUUGCUCUGCCUCACCGCCAGCGCUGGCCCGCAGCGAGGUUACCUUGGCCUACCUGGAGGCGCGCCCCGCUGCUGUCCUCAGGGGGAAGAGGCCGAGGAGUAGCCCGAGGAGGAUGCGUCCGAGGAGGAGUCCGAGUCCUCCUCCGCGGAGCACGUGCACGACGGAGCGGCGGGCGCCGCCUUCGUGCUUGGCACGAUGCGCGCCGACAUUGGUGCCAGCGGAGGGGGAGAGGAAGGCUCGGGGGAGUGUGCUGUGUACUCUGACGACCUCUCCUGCCCCCCCGACUCGGAAGCAGCCGCGCUCGCCAGGGAGCUCGAGGUCGAGCAGUGCGCGCGGUGGGCCGCGAGGGCCAGGGGAUUGUUCGAUUAGGAUUCAAAAAACGGUCUCCAGCAUUGCCUGCGAGUGGAUUGGCGAGCCGUCGGGCGAGAGCCACGAGCCCGCGGGCUGCGGCGCGCUGGAGGGAUGCUCAUGCGCGGAGGCCCCGAUCCAGGCGGAGGCCGAGCUGACGGUGCAGGUCGUUUUGCCGGGGCAGAGUAUGUCCAUUCUGAAGCCUGUUGCCGACUACCUAGCGGAGCUGAGGCGCGAGGUCAGCGAGCUUCGCCUCAGUCCGCUGGACCUCGAGGUGAUUGAAUCGCUCUCGCUGGGCGGGGAGGCGGAGAUCAUCGAGGAGAUGUCGCAGGAGUGGGACGAGGUAGAGGAGCUCUUGGAAUUAUGGAGCUCGACAGCGAGGCCGUCGUGCUUCUCGACGCGCUGGGCGUGCUCGGCGGCGCUGGCUGCGGCGUGGAGCCGCGCGAGGGGUUGGAGACGGCAAAGCAGGAGCUGGUGCGCUCCAUGUGGCCUCGGCUUCUGA